GAACGUGUCACCAAGCUGUCUCCACGAGAACACACUGAAGAGGACCUGAGCCAACUGUUCGAGGCCUCCAUGAAGUUGUACUGAAUGUCCUGCUUCAGCCUGCAGGUGGCGCUAACGUGCAGCAGGAAACAAUCAUUUUAAAAGUCAGAUAGAUACACGUUAAUGUUUGACUCGUUGGUACAUUCUUUAAACACAAUGGAAGUCUGAUUAUUGGACGGUUAACUCCGUCUGCAGGAACCACAGAAUGACCUAAAACUGAUUCUUUCUGUUUUCAAUAAAAGUCUCAUCAGAUGGGU